AUGCAUCAAGUCCAAGCAAUCAAUCCAAAGAUGAAAAAGGCAAAGAGCGUCGUCUAUACUGGUGCCAUUGGACACAUAAAACGCAUGGGUAUCAAGUUCGCAAUUGCAAUCGCAGGCGCCACCGAGUCCAAUACCAGAACCAUGAAAUGCAAAACAAACCAUAACAGGAUGCAAGUUGAGAACGAGUGA